CAGACCUCUCCUGUCUCCCCGCUGCUCCCCUUACAGCGUGUUUCAGUGGGAUCCACCCAUUCUGUUCUCCACUGUCUCUGUUCUGUCGAAGAUGCACUGGACACCAGAACACGCCCAGCCCCUCAACCAGUGGCCAGAGCAGCACCUGGACGUCUCCUCCACCACCCCUUCUCCGGCCCACAAGUUGGAGUUUCCCCCAGGAGGUCGCCAGCGCUGCCACUACGCUUGGGCACACGACGACAUCUCUGCCCUCACCGCCUCCAACCUCCUCAAGCGCUACGCCGAGAAGUACUCAGGGGUCCUGGACUCGCCCUACGAGCGCCCCGCCCUGGGCGGCUAUGGCGACGCCGCCUUUCUCAACGGCGCCAAGGGGGACCCCGAGCCCUGGCCAGGGCCGGAGCCCCCCUACCCCUUGGCCUCGCUCCACGAGGGCCUGCCGGGAACCAAGCCGGGAAGUGGGGGCGGCGCCGGGGGCCUCGGGGGCUCCCCGGUUUUAGCCGGAAACCUUCCUGAACCCCUCUACCCCGGCAAUGCGUGCGGCGGCCCCUCGGCGGCGCCCGAGUACUCGGCGAGCUACGGCGGGGGGUACCUGGCCCCCGGUUACUGCGCGCAGACCAGCACCGCGCUGCGUCCCCUCUCCUACAAGGACUUGGAGGCGGCGCUCGCCAAGGUGGUCCCUAGGGCCUCGCCCAAAGACCUGGACUCGUUGGUGGAGUGGGACAAAAUGUUCGGCUCCGGACACUGA